UCAACUUUGAUAAAAAAAAUACAAAAUCACAGAUAUGAGACCACUGGAAUUAAUUUGACAUCAGUAACUUGUGCACUUUUUGUUGGUUGAUAUCAAACUUGCAUAUUGUAUCUCUCCUUCUCUAUUCUACAUGACAGUGAUCCUCCUUGGCUGCUUGGAGCUGAGAGACUUAGUUGUACUAAACUUUUGUUAUAAACUGUUUAUGUCUCAAUUCAAAAAAAUUAGAAACAGCUAUGCUCUUUGUCGAUGGAUAAAUUGUCCGAGAGACUGUAUAUGUAUUGGAGAUUGCUGGUUAAGGUGUUUUCUUCCAUUGGAAUCUUAGUUUUGUUAGAGGUUUCAAGAAAACUGCUUUAUUAGCUGACCAUAGGAGCGGUGUCCUGCUGUUUAUAUUUGAAUCUGUUAUCACAGUGAUUUUCUCAUUGUCUUGCAUGUGGAUUUUUGGCCGUACCUGUUUAGAUUCUUUAGCAGAUUUUGGUUUUAAAAUCUUGUCUGCUUCUUUUGGAGAUGGUUGCCUAGUGAUAUCUUGGUUGCAUCUCAAAAUCCUCGUCUACUUGGCUUUGGAUUCGCGUAGGCAUUUAUCUCCGUUCCCUCUCUGCCUAUCUGUUGCCUAUAGGCGGCUUGGAGCAAAGAUCCUUAGAUGUCUGCCCGCCUAUUCUUUUGGUGUUGCCCAGGCCUUUUUCUAGGCAGAGAACAAGUUCCGUGAUUGCUGGUUUUGCAGUGUUUGUUUUCUCCUUGGGUCGCUGCUUCUGUGAUCUAGGUAGGGUGAGUAGUACAUUGGAGUUGUGAGGAUUCACUCUUAAUAUGUGUAUUUUUAUGUGUUGGGGUUGAAUGCUUUUUUAUCUCAUUUGUAAUUGGCAUUGCUUGUGCCUUUCUUUUAAUAUUAAGCUUUUUUGGGGAAUGAAAUAAAAUUAGAAACAGACAUGGUGGUGACAGUAUAACUGCACAAAGAAAAGCUACAAAACAAAAAUUAGACUUCAAACAAAAAUAUGUAAUAAAGUGAUUCUACAGUCAAAGAAAAAUUGUGGAUAAACUUUGCAUAAAUUAUAUAAGCUGCUUUUAUAAGUUAACUUUGAGAUUUAUUAUGAAUAUAAAUUAAAAACAGCUAAUUAGUAGGAGUAUAUCAUUAUAUUGUUUUUAAUAAAUAAUUCCAAUUAUUUACAUACAAGCUUAUUUUUUAAGGUCUAUUCAAAUAAAUUGUUUUUAUUUAAUAAAUAAAUUCUCUCAAAUGUCCUCAUAUUUGUUAUAUGUUCUAAUUUUUUAAUGACAAUAAAACUAUUAAAAAUUAAAUUAUUUUUCAUUAUUAAUGCUAAUUUUUUAUUUUACAAUUUAACUUUUGUUGUGAACUAAAAAUAAUUUUUCUCAAAAAAUAAAAUAAAAAAUGUGAAUGAUUGAAAAGUGGGAGAUAUAUAUUCAGAGAGAGAGAGAGAGAGAUUAUAAAUAGAUUUGGAUGAUAUUGGAAAUGAGUGUCUUGCACGUUUUAGCUGUUUUUAGAGAAAGAGAUGAAAAGGUGUAAUGUUUUGUUGGAAGAAGACAAUGUGAUGCUAAUAACCCAAUCAUUCAUUCAUCCAUUCAACAACACCAUACCCGAAAAUCACACGACACACUAUCCAUUUCUCUCUCUCUUUUGAUGUGAUUUCAUUUUUCUCUCAUGCCCUUUUCUCUUUCUAAGCUCUACGGGAUUCCUCCCGAGAAACGCACCUCAGAAGGUCCUGUUCCUAUUCUAAGGGAAGGAAUUAUAGCAUGAGUUUGGCGGACACCGAAUCCUCAGAGGAAGGUUCGGGGCUUCUUGAGCCUCCUGAUCCUGAUGUUAUUGAAAUUGAUCCUACUAGUCGUUACCUUAGGUACAAGGAAGUAAUUGGCAAAGGAGCUUUCAAGACUGUUUAUAAGGCAUUUGAUGAAAUCACGGGGCUUGAAGUUGCGUGGAGUCAAGUUCGGAUCGAUGAGGUAUUACAAUCACCAGGUGACCUUGAAAGGCUGUAUUCAGAAGUGCAUCUGUUGAGGUCAUUGAAGCAUAGUAACAUUGUAAGGUUCUACAAUUCAUGGAUUGAUGACAAGCACAGGAGUGUUAACAUGAUUACUGAGUUGUUCACCUCAGGGAGCCUCAGACAGUACCGUAGGAAACACAAGAAGGUUGAUAUGAAAGCUGUUAAAGGAUGGGCAAGACAGAUUUUAAUGGGUUUAAUCUACCUCCACAAUCACAACCCACCUAUUAUACACAGAGAUCUCAAGUGUGAUAACAUAUUUAUAAAUGGUCACCAAGGAGAAGUUAAGAUCGGAGAUUUGGGUUUGGCAACUCUCUUGAAGCAGAAUAAUGCCAAGAGUGUAAUUGGAACCCCGGAAUUUAUGGCGCCUGAACUGUACGAUGAAAGUUAUAAUGAAUUAGCUGACAUAUAUUCUUUUGGGAUGUGCAUGCUGGAGUUGGCUACUUCUGAGUAUCCUUACAGAGAAUGUAGAAACUCUGCUCAGAUAUACAAGAAAGUUUCAUCUGGCAUAAAGCCAGUUUCUCUUUCUAAAAUCAAAGAUCCAGAAAUAAAAUCAUUUAUUGAGAAAUGUCUUGUCCCAGCAUCUCAAAGAUUGUCAGCAAAGGAGCUUCUGAUGGACCCUUUUCUUGAAGUGAAUGUUUCAUUAAAGAAUCGUCCUCUUCCAUUACCAGAUAUUGUUCUUCCUAAAUACGGAGGCUUUGAAAAUCGUUGUCUGAUGUCGGAAGGUCCUGCUAGUGCACGUAUUGGAUCCAUUUCAAUGGAUCUUGGAGAUACCAGUGAGCAACCAUUGAUCACUGUGUUUUAUAAUUCUAACGAUGAUGCACCACCUUCUCCAUGUGUUGAGAUACGAAGGUUGAUGGGAGGUGAUAGAUUUUUUCUCAAAGGUGAAGAAAAUGACGUAAAUUCUGUAUCAUUAGUUCUCCGGAUAACUAAUCAAGGCGGGCGAGCAAGAAAUAUCCAUUUCAUAUUCUACCUCGAUACUGAUACGGCCAUCUCAGUGUCAAGUGAAAUGGUUGAGCAACUUGAACUUACCGAGCACAAUGUUAAAUUCAUUGCCGAGUUGAUUGAUUUGUUAUUGGCAACAUUGGUUCCUGAUUGGAAACCUUGUGUAGCGAUUGAUCACUUAAUUUCUCCAAAUGGUAAACGAACUCCUCUAAACCUACUGAAACAAGACUCGCAAUUGGCAAGAUACAAAAUAAGUUCAGUGGAUUCUAGCGAAAUUGUGGCUGAAUAUUUAGGUCCCUCAACCUCACAUGACAGAUUGGCUGAAAAAGAAAACAGCGAUAAUAUGAUUUUUUAUGAUGUUCUAUCCCAUGCAAACAUUGGUUUCCAAAGAACAACGAAGACAGAUGAUAUGUAUUCUGCGACAUCUUAUGCUUCAGCAACAUCUGACUUCAAUGAUAAGAAUUAUUCUACAGUUUCAUUCGUGUCUGCUAACUCAGGAUACACAGAUUUCAGCUUACCUACAGUGAAUGGAUGGAGUCAAUCCUCACUUGCAUCUGAAAUUGGGCAAUCCUCUGAUAGAAAGAGCAAGGUUCCGUGCUUGGAAAGCAACAAUUGUCCCCUUAGUACUUCUUCAUUGUAUGAAACUGAGGAUGAGUUGAGAAUAGAGUUAGAGAAGAUUGAACGGCAAUAUCAAGAGGCAAUAAAAGAUUUAUCCAAAAGAAGAUGUGAUGCCAUCAUGGAGACCAGAAAGAGGCUGUCACUAAAAAAUACAGUCAUAGAAUAAUUUCAUUAGUAUUUUUAAUUACCAUUUGUGUCUAUCCCUUGUUCAUAACCUUGGAAGUUACAAGUGUAAAUAGUGUGUUUUGGAUGAAAAGGUUCACUUUUUAGUUAUUAUUAUGGCAUGAAAUUUUCUUUGCACACAUAUAUAGAAAAUUGUACCUAAUGUCAUGUUA